AGUCCUUAGAGACGCUCCUGUGUUCAUGUGGAAUCGCACUGAUGAUGUCACGUGGUUUUGAGCGUCUAACAGCAUUUAAAAGUGAUCUGGAGUCGAACAAAACAUCUGAAAAACAGUCUUUAAUUGAGUUUAUAUGAUGCUCUUUUAUCUUCUCUCAAGUUUCUUGGUGGUGACAAAAACACGUUUCUCAGCACAUUGACAUUUUCUGCUUUGAGUUUGAAAUUCAACCGCACGAGUCUCUAUGAAGUUUGAUUAAUUCAUUGUAAAGGAGACGGACUGAUAAUUGGGGGUCUGACUGUGACAUCACUUCCUGUGUUUUGGAGUGCUGGGGGUCUAUAUAAACUCUGAGGGGUGACGGUCUGUCAGUCAAACACCUGCAGGAGAACAGACAGCCGUCUCACAGUCAGAGAGAGAGAGAGUUUGUGAAUGAUGUUGAAGGGUCUGAGGUCUCAUCAGCGUCUCGCUGUCGUCUUUCUGAUGGUGAUGACGGUCGUUCAGUGUCAGGACAGCGAAAGACGGGCGGUGACGGAGCAUCAGUUGAUGCAUGAUCGCGGUCGCUCCAUUCAGAGUCUGAGGCGUUUGAUCUGGCUGUCCAGCGCGAUGGAGGGUCUUCACACGGCUCAGACACGCACGCUGACCGCCGCUGACACCCGCCCGGGUCUCCUGCUCUCUCAGCCCGGCCACAGGAGGGCGCUGCUGCGGGACAUGUACACGCCUCACCUCGCUGCUGCGCUGGACGGAGAGAAAUAACAUCCGAUGACCCGAAUAAUCACUCGGCACUGCUUCGACCAAUCGCGUAUGACAUCGAAGUAAUGUGACGAUAUGAUACACGAUACAAUGAUGUCAUUGACCGAUCGGUCGAUGCGGCGCCUCGUGACGUCACCAAGUCAUUGAUUUAUAAUUCACACACAAACUGUACGUCUGUAUGUAUUGUUGAGUGCUGGAUAGCAAAUAUAUAUUCGAUCAGUUUAGUCGGUUGAGUGAUCUGAUGUGGUAUCAAACGUUCAUUGCUGUAUAUUACUGCCUAAAGAUCUUCAAGAUUUAUUUAUAACAUGAUGAAA